AGUACAAAUGAAGCGUUGGUCAGCCAGCGAUUGAGUUCGGUGAUUUAGUGUGUGACUGCGAGUGACAAAAGACGUUGGUACAGUGAGCGAACGUAGUGUAAAUCCAGACCAAAAAAAAAAAAAAAAAAACAAGAAAAAAAUGUUUUCGCACACAAAUCGCUGUCUGCUGCUGCUAUGCGCAAUAACAGCGAUAAUAACAACAGGCAGCGCAGCAGUGCUGGUCACUACGCGCAGCAUUGCGAAAAUCUCGCCGGAAAUCAUCAACGAGCUAAAAGACUUUCUCGAUUUGAUACCCACAGCCACGGUGGACGAAAUCGUCGCCAAGCACUACAUCACCGAUUCGAAUUUCCGCGAAGUCUUCAAAUAUCUACGCGGCACGCAAUUUACAGCACUGCUGCAGCAAGCUCAGCAAAUACCGGAGGUUAUAGACGUACUGGAUUAUUUGCAUCUGCUUGUGCCUAACGCACAACAACAGCCCGCAUAUGGCCGCGCCGAUGCCGGAUCAUCCAAGGUGCAGCUGUCGUCGGAACCGCAGCUCAGCUUUGUGCUGCUCAAUGACUUGGCGGAGGAGAACGAAGUGCUGCCACGCGAGGUGGACGAGGGAACUGUGUCAACGUCAUCACCACCCAUCCUGCCACCAUUUGCGCGCCACUUACGCACGUUUAACAGUUUUGUUGAGGAGCUGUUGGGUCACUUGCCGCACGAUCGAUACGUGCAACUGAUUAAUCAAAAGCGUCAGCAGAAUCUGGCAUUCGCGCAAUUUUAUGCAGCAUUGCGCAGCGCCGAACUGCGCCCCAUGGUCGAUGCAACACUGAAAUCUUCUAAUUUGACGUCAAUAAUUAAAACGCUGACUGCGAAUGGUGUGGAUGUGAUGAACUCGGAGGCCAUCGCUUUUAAAGUGAUUUCCUGGGGACCCGUGCCGGUUGCGUUGCCAUAGUUGCAAGUUAUAUACCUAAACGAGGCACAGUGUUGCUUUUAACUGGAGCGGAUAAUUAUGUAGUGAAAGUGAGGCAUUCACUAGGCGCUUAAGAAGAAUGAGGUUAAUUAAUGCAAUUUUGCUCUAUAAAUAACUAUUCAGCUUGUUUUAUAAAAAAAUACUUGGAUAUAUAAAUAUAAAUAUGUCAACCUUAAUACAAA